AUGCUGUACAAGCCGCACACCCCCAUGGAGCUCGGCGACGCCGCGCUGGGCCAGCUCACGAGCGCGCUCGUGUUCCUCUUCGACCACAUGAUCCCCGCCGUGCACAGCGUCGCCAGCUUGGAGACGGAUGACAUUGACCUUGGGCCAAUCAUCCCGGUACGG